AAUCAAUUCCUCCACGAUGGGGCGUACAGGUAGAAAGCAGGUAUUCAGAUACACCAGUUCUCCCCUACAAAGGCCCUUGGUAGUUUUCUUCAGUCGAUAGUCAGGGUAACUAUUUAAUCCUCGCCACCAAAAUACAAACAACCAUGGGAGUGACUGUGUUACAGAUCUUCCCUGACUCGUCGCGCUCUGGCUGCCUGGAGACGGAGAAGCUACACAAGCGAAUCAUGCACUUGGAUGCCGUCCAGUGUGGGAUGUUCACUGUCGACUGUGACACUUGCUACACCGUAACUCAGACAGGAAACAACAGGAAACUCCACAUCGUGCACAACAGUGAGACGCCCACUACCACCUAUGCAAUUCUGGACACAGGCACGAAGCAGAUAACGCUGUCAGCAGACUACCUCUUUGACCUGCUGCUGCCGCGCCUUGACUUCAUGUACCAGUCGAAGAAGAACCUCAAGAUCGAGUCCAAGGGUGCCAAGUACGAGAUCGGGGACUUCGUGGUCAAGAUUGGCACAGUGACGAUGAGCGGCCACUACAAGGCUAUACUGGUGGAGGUGGAGUACCUGCCCUGCCACACGCCCGCCCUGUGCUGGUCACUCAUGAGGGAGUUCAUGCAGAGUUUCAUGGGCUCCUGUGUCAAGCCAACCCUUCCCUCUUACCUGCAGAACCGCCUCCACGACAUCCACACACCCCAGGACACGGUGCAGCAAUACGUGGAGAAGUUCAACGAGAUUAGAGAGGGCACCACCUUUGCCGGGACGCAGACAACGGGCUCCGGUUCUUAGCUCACUGGCAUCCUUCCCUUCUUCCCUUCCUCCAUGGAUAAUUUCUUUGCUUAUUUUGUUCUUCUUUUCGUCUCCCUCCCUUCUUUCUUGCGUCUCGUUCAUAUUUUUUUCUCCUCGUUUUUUUUUUUUUCUUUCUUUUUUUCUUAUCCUCACCUAAUUUUCUUUUCUCCCUUUUUUCUUUCUUCUUCUUUUUUUAUUUUUGCUCCUCUUCCUUAUUUCUUUCUCCUGCAUCACUUGUUGUUUUCGCUUUUUCUUUCCUUCCUUCAUUCUUUGCUUUCUUUCCUUUCUCCCUCCUUAAUCAUUUCUCUUUUCCUCCUUUUUUUCUUUAUCUUCAUUUUCUUCCUUCCCACUCUUAUGCACACCUGACCUCUCUCUCUUUCUUCUUCCUUCUCUUUUCCUCUCUCAUCUUCUGUACUGUCUUUCUUCACUACUUCUCCCAUUAUCCCUCUUUUUUUUUUUACUUAUCUUAUGGUUUUUUUUUUCUUUCUUUAAUCUCAAGUAUCCGCAAUAAAUUUCCUCCAUUUCCUUCCUCUUAUCUCAGAUCAAUCAACUAUUUUCGUCUUUUUGUACUAUUCUUUUUUUGCUUCUCUCCUCAUUUUUCUGCGUGUCUUUUUAUUUACCUUUUUUUUUUAUUGACGUCUCCAACCUCAAGUCUUCUCAAUCCAUUUUCUUCCUUUUUCAUUAAUUUUCUUCCCUUCAGCAGCACAUUUGAGUUUCCCUCCAAUCCUUUCAUUUUCUCUCGUAUUCAAAAUUUUUCCUUAAGGAUUUCCUCCCCCCUUUCCUUUCGUAUUCCGUCAUAAAAGACGUGAUGAGAAGAUGAUUCCCCUCUACCAUUAUCCUCCUCUAGCCUUUUUUUCCCCUCUGGAUGGGUAUUCUGUGUCUCUUUCCCCUCUCCCCUCACUCUCUCCUCUCCUAUUAUCACAAGGUAUCCUAUCCAUCGUCCCUUUCUCUCCCUUCGUUAUUAUCCGCCUCAUAUUCCUACUUGUAUAUGACCAAUAGUGUUUUCCUUUUUUCCCCUCUUUUCCCCUCUCCCUUGUUUCCUUCUCUCCCCUCCCCUCUCAGCUCAGGAUCCAAACAUAAUCAUGCUGUGUCACCAUCCCUCAUCUCCCUCAUCUCAUUACUUUUCCCUGCCUGCCUCCUUCCUGUCAAAAGUUAAUUCCCUUACCUUUCUCUCUCUCUCUCUCUCUCUCUCUCUCUCUCUCUCUCUCUCUCUCUCUCUCUCUCUCUCUCUCUCUCUCUCUCUCUCUCUCUCUCUCUCUCUCUCCAAAAUCAUUCCCUUUUUUUUUGAGUGUAUAAAAAUAACUUGGUGUUUUUGUGUUGCUUUCACCAGAAAACUUAUCCUUUUAUAUCCUAUCUCUCUCUCUCUCUCUCUCUCUCUCUCUCUCUCUCUCUCUCUCUCUCUCUCUCUCUCUCUCUCUCUCUCUCUCUCUCUCUCUCUCUCAAAGAAAAGAAUGUGAUUUUUGUACUUUAUAAUAAAUUUGCA